GCCGGUGGGCGGGGGCGGGGGCGGCGGUGCGGGCCGAGCGCGGGAGCCGCCGCCAUGACCUCUGCCUUGGAGAACUACAUCAACCGUACAGUUGCAGUAAUUACUUCUGAUGGAAGAAUGAUUGUGGGAACCCUCAAAGGUUUCGAUCAGACCAUUAAUUUGAUUUUGGAUGAAAGCCAUGAACGAGUGUUCAGUUCUUCACAAGGAGUUGAGCAAGUAGUGCUGGGAUUAUACAUUGUAAGAGGUGAUAAUGUUGCUGUCAUUGGUGAAAUUGAUGAAGAGACAGAUUCAGCUCUUGACUUGGGGAAUAUUCGAGCAGAGCCUUUAAACUCAGUUGUGCAUUGAAAAGAAGAAAAUGGGACUUUGUAAAUCUUUGGUUGUACAGACCUAUUUAACAACAUGGAUGAUUUUUACAAAUUGUGUUUAAUUUCUUUAGUCACCAGUUUUUUUAUUACAAAUAUGUUGUAGUUUUGCAUGUUAAUUAAAAGUUUCUACAUUUUACUAAA